AUGGCCGACCCUGCCGUCCUCAAACAAAUUAAAAUCCAAACUGGUGUGGUGAAACGUUUGAUUAAGGAACAUGCUUCUUACAUCAAAGAAGUUGAGAAAGAAACCCAAAAGAUUGAGAAAAUGAAGGCUGAAGCUAAGAAUGAGGACGAUGAAUAUGCUGUGAAAAAGGCUGGCCAGGUCCUACAGGAAACUCGAGGAAUGAUUGGCGAUACUGCCCGUCGCUGUGUGACAGCCACAGCGGCUCUUCAGAAGUUGCUCGAUGAGAGUUCUUUGGAAGAAUGCCAGGAACUAACCGAAGCCAAAGCGCAAAUCGAGGCUGCUUCUGCUAUAACUGUGUAA